AUGGACGGAGCUGAUGAUUUGAGGGAUAAACCUGGCUUCUUUUCUAGAUUUUUCCACACCAUAGAAGUGAAGUAUCAGUAUUAUCUUGAUAAAUUAACUCCACUCGUAGCCGUACGAUGGGUGAUGGCCGUUUCUGCGAUUUUAUUCUUCUUACUCAGAAUAUUCUAUCUUCAGGGAUUUUAUAUUGUUUGUUAUGCAGUUGGAAUAUAUUACCUGAAUCUAUUCCUCCUAUUCUUAACUCCAUCGAUCGACCCUGCUUCUAACUUUGAUGAUGACGAUGAUGGCCCAGUUUUACCACAGAAAACAAACGAUGAAUUCCGUCCAUUCAUGAGACGAUUACCCGAGUUCAAAUUCUGGCAUUCAACUAUGAAGGCAACCAUAAUAGCCACUGCUUGCACCUUCUUCGAAUGUUUCAACGUCCCAGUGUUCUGGCCAAUUUUGGUUAUGUAUUUCAUCAUUCUGUUCUGUUUAACAAUGAAACGCCAAAUUAUGCAUAUGAUCAAGUAUAAAUAUAUUCCAUUUACCGUUGGUAAACCUCGUAGAGCCGGAAAGGAAGAUACCGGUAAAGUUGUUAUCGGGUAG